AACCAAAGAUCGUAUAGCGCCGCUGCCGCUACUAUACGAUCUUCGGUGGAACGUGGAACGUUCACUAAUGAGCGAGGAAGUUAGAAAAGGAGGUGUCAAGAUUGAGAGAAUGUAGUAACAUAUAGGCCAAGAUCUCCCACUGUGGAUAAUAAAUUAAAAUCAGUGAAUAAGUUGUUUUCUAAAAUGACACUACAAAUUAGAAGACUCUGUAAAGGUUUGUGAGAAACACAUGAGUGACACGUACGGUUUUUCCAGUGGAUGCAAAUAGGACUCAACCCAAACAAUUUUAAAUAUGAAUUACUUCAAGCUUAGGACGUUGGUGAUUAUUUUGAUUUUAGUUAUGUUAUCAUUUCUUUUCACUUAUAUUUAUAUAAAUGGUAACUAUUUUCGACUGCCUACGGAAAUUGAAAUUAUGAAGCAAUCUCCAGGAGCUUUGCCAUUGAAAGUUUUCAACCAACAUUCCCACAGAAUUGUAAAUAAUAUAUCAAGUUUAGGAGAUAAAAAACAGUUCCAAAUAGGGAAUCAAGAACAGGAUUCAAAUACUUCGGAAAAAUAUGAGGAGAAUCAUUUGAAGGACAUUCCAAAUGAAAAAGAUAUUCCAAUCAUAAAUAAUGCGCAAAAUGUUCAUAACCAAGAGAAUCUACUAAAGCAGCAACAGGUUCUAAAACAACAACAACAACAACAACUAAAUACAUUUCAACAAGAAAAACAAGAGCAUAUUUAUAAACAACAAGUAGAAACUGGUGAACAACAGCAUCUGGUUGGACUGAAUGUUCCCAUCAACAAAGGCAAUACAGCAACCAAAACGAUAAUAGGUGAAACAGUUGCAAAUGGACCACCUAAACCAGUUGCGCCUCAGCCAUGCAAUCGGCUUUGGGUCAAAGGCAAAUCUAAAUGGUUUGAUGAAAGAUUUAAUGGGGCGAUAUCGUCAGUCUGGACCCGAGAUAACAUCAGGCAGUCUCCAGACGUUACCAAUUGGUGGUUGAAACUGCAAGGUAGCAAAAACAAAGAUGUGGUUGGGGUGAUGGAGUCAGCUUUUAAGAUGAUUCCAGAUGUUGAUGUGUAUAAGGACCGGUCAACUUGCAGACGAUGUGCCGUUGUUGGAAAUUCUGGUAACUUAAGGGGUAGCAAGUAUGGUUCACAUAUUGACGCUCAUGAUAUGGUCAUAAGGAUGAAUGAAGCUCCAGUAACUAACUUUGAGGAAGAUGUAGGAUACAGGGAAACGCAUCGCCUCAUGUAUCCAGAGAGCUUCUUCAACAUCAAACCUGAUGUGCACUUUGUACUCGUCAGUUUCAAAACUCUUGAUGUAGAAUGGUUAGUAAGCGCAAUGACAACAGGGACGAUAAAGAGAACGUGGCGACCGGUGAAGAACCUGAUUAAAGUCAAUGCAAGUCUGGUGCAGAUUUACAACCCAGCGUUAAUGAAACAAGCACAUGAAGUGUGGAAUUUGAAGCAUGGUCGUUACCCUUCUACAGGGCUCCUAGCAAUUAUGUUUGCUCUACACGCAUGUGAUGAGGUUGACGUUUACGGUUAUGGAGCUAAUAAAAUAGGCAACUGGGAUCAUUAUUGGCAGAACGACGGAGGCAGAGGAAACUCAGCAUUUCGCAAAACAGGUGUUCACAACAGCGACGUAGAAAAAGAGAUUUAUACGAAGUUAAAUUCAGAGGGAAUCAUAACAUUACACAUGGGAAAUGCACACAAAUAAGCAAAAAAAAAAUUUGAAUUUUUUUCAUCUAAACUGAAAAUUGUUAGGAUGGACAUGACUUACCCUUGGAAAAGGAACAGAAAGCUGUCUCAAACAGAGCAAGCCUUUAUUCAUGCUUUUUUGCAUGUUCAAAUAUAAACAUUGUUAGCUCUUCUUUCUUGAUUGGUUGAUUGCAGUGUUGGCUAGUGAAAGAUUUACAUUGACAGAGAUACUUGUUAAAGCUAUUAAAUGAAAUUUUGAGACAAAAAAACAUUAUCCCACCAUUUGGAUUCAAGCCUUAAUCCUUCCGACUACCAUUUAAUUUGUAACCCAUUAUUACAAAUCUGGUUUACAGUUUGAUUUGUAUUUGUAAUACUGGAGGACAGCUCAAGUCAGACUUUGCACAUGGCUUUCCAAAUGUAUAGUUUUCAAUGUAUUAACUAUUAUUUCUCCAAUUCAAAUUAUUUGUUAAUUGUUUGAUAUAAUCCUUCCAUGGUUUUGACCUUUUACCAACAUUUUUACAUCAAUGAGGCAAUAACAAAAAACCUAACAACAUACAAAAAAUUCUAAAAUUAAAAUUUGCCGGUGGGGGACGACAUGUCCAACAGUUGGACAUGUCGUCAAACAGGGGGUCUGUAGCAAGAUGCCGACUAGAGCCUCGUACUGUAGGGUUCACAGGGAAUUGUGCUUUUAGACCACAAUAUUAGGGAUUGGAAAUCAAAAUAACAUUAUUUGGAUAGGCAAAUCAUUUUUUUUUUCCCCAUAACCUCGUUGUGGCGUCGGACGAAGCCUGUCCGUCGCUGGCGCCACUACUGGUUCUAUAGAAAAUAAAAAGUAGGAUGCACUGAGUUGAAUGAUGUUUAAUAUAUUUAUGUUUCGUAGAUAAGUUGGUAUCGCUUUUUAAGUACAGAUAUAUUAUAUAUAUUUCUAAGAACCAAAAUGUGUACAGAACUUAGAAUCUGUCCAUUACUGUUGUGUAUGGUUGCAUAUAGUUAUAAGUAGUCUUCUGUUUUAGGUGCACUUCAGAGGUCAAUUUUUCCCCACCCCUUUUUAAUUUCAAAUUGUUUUAAUGUUAGGGUGUAUCUAUGGCUUGGUUGUUAACAUGUUCACUGUUAAAUUGUACUUGUGUGUGUAUUUAAGGGCACCACUACAAGCUUUCUUGUACACAAUAUAAACAUUUUGUAUUGUACAAUUAAGAAUUCUGGUGUCCCAGUCAGAUAUAUAUUUAAGGGGAAAGACUGUCCGAAAGAGGUGGUCUGAUGAUUACCGAUGAAGGCCAGCAGGGGAAACUGCAAAUCUUUCAGUGGUCCGACUGUUUUUGACUAUUUGUGGUGCUGUUAAUAUGUAUUUAGAUUUGAUUUUCAUUGUAUUUGUAGAGUAUAUAAUGUUACCGGAAGACAGACUUCUCAAGAUAGUAAAACGCAUUUCAGUGACCAAGUCUUUUUCCUAAAAUAUUUGUAGCACCUAAUAAUUUGUCUUGAGUGCAAACAAAAUAUGGGUUGCUUAAAUUACAGGAUACAGCUGUGGAAUUUCUAAGAAAUGGGACAAGAUGAAGAUUUACAGGCCACUUUUUCUUAGUUUUCACAAUAAUUUAUCAGUAAUCUGACAAGUAUGAGUUGUCUAAGGACAAUGUAACCAAAGAUCCUGAUAGAAAAGUCAAUUGUUCCGGACUAAAGACCUAUUUAUUAAUGGUUCUCGGUCUAUAUAUCCAUAGCAUUUUUGUUUAUUUCCGUACAUCCGUAAUUAGGAAAAAUUUCUGUAGCAAUACAGAAACCCAGUAAACAGUGUGUUGCUGAUGUCAAAACUGCAAAUCAGGGUACUCGGUAGUAUAAAAAGGUCCUUUGAAUAUAAAUCCGUUGCAAACAUUAGGUGUCUGUAUAUCGGAUUAGUUCGUCCACACCUUGAAUUUUCAAUCUAAGCUUGGUCACCGCAAUUAAGGAAAGAUAUAAAUUUAUUAGAAAAGUACCAAAGACGGGCAACUAAAAUUCCUAAAUGUAUGAAAAUUGUAAAUUAUGAAGAACGUCUCAUAGCCUUUAAUUUAACUACUUUAGAAAUAAGAAGAAUCAGGGGGGACUUAAUUGAGACAUAUAAAAUGUUAAAUGGAAAAGAGGAUGUUGUUAGGGAUAUGUUUUUCAAUUUGGCAAUUGAUUCCGUUACUAGAGGUCAUGGUUGGAAGUUAAAAAAGCCUUAUGCUUGACUAAAUUGUAGGAAGCACUAUUUUUCCCAAAGGGUGGUAAACGAAAGGAAUGCUCUUCCAUGGAAGCUGAAAGUACCACACAGUUUAAGGGGGGCUAUUAAAAGGUCGGAAACGGCCCGCCAGCCCUCGGCACCACUUAAAUAACUCAGUGCCGUUACAGUUAGUAAGUUCUGUAUUACUUGAGAAGUCUGUCUGAAGAGGUUUCUUGGAUGUAAAUUUAUAAUUUUAGUUAUAGUAGUAUGUUUUUACUGUCAUUUAAACACAGUAGAAACAAUUGUGGCCUGACAAUUGAGAUACCGUAUUUAUUCGAAUAAAUACAGUGGGCUUUUAUUGCUGAGAAGGGUUUUUGAAGGGGCGAUUAUCAUACAUGCCAAGUUGGAGGUAGCUAGUGGCUUGAGAUUUAACAGGAAAUAAGCCCAAUUGGUGUGGGUUUAGGGCCCAAAAAAUGUUUGGGCUUUGAUGCUCUCUACUCUGAAUAGAUCUCUAGUACUCGCAUUAAACCUUAAACAUUUGUAGCUAGAAUUGAUGAUUCUAGGCCUGAUAAACUAUAGAAUUGUGAAGGUUUUCCAGUAUUUUGAUAAAAAGUUUGGGUUUAAUAAAAUAAAGCUUGAGUGGCGCGUUUGUUCGAAUAAAUACAGUAACUUUUACUGUAUAUACAGUAAUAAGAAUUCAUAUCAUGAGACUGCCAAAAGGAUUAAUGAUGUAAUUCACUCAAGGGCCUUUUAAUUUCCAUUUCAUUGCAAGACUUAUUCAAAGGGGUUUAGACCCUCAAUUUGCCCCGCAGGUAAACUUAAGCAUGUCCAAGGGUCCCUUUUGCUCUCCUUGACAGUCUUGAGUGCCAGAAAUAUCUUUUACUGUACUUGAAAGUUGUUUUCAAUUUGUAUUACUGUAUAUUUCUAUUAGAAUAUAAAAUACUACAAUAUUUAGAGUUUUGAUAAUUUCCACCGAUAUGCAAGAUAUAAAUUUAAAAAUUCAAGCCAUUAAUUCACCUUUUGGAACAAAUAAGUUUGAAAUAUUGCAUCACAAUAGCUCCACAACUCAUACUAUUUUAUAUAGUUUGUUUUUUUUAUAAGACUUAGAGGUAUAGAUGGAAUUGACCUUUGAAUGCAGUUCAAUUGGAUCUUUAACUUCUUGAACAGGUGUCUCCUUUAUAAAAUUGUGGGCAUGAUAUUUAAUCUGUUCUCUAGAUAACUAUAUAAAAUGUAUGAGAAAGUUGGGACAUUUUUUUCAACUUGAGAUGCUCAUAGCCUAGUAAAUUGUACAUUUUUUAUGGUAACGACUACGGGAAAAUAAAUUUUCAUAACCAUA